ACUGACGAGGCCUUUGGCCUGCUGUCAAACAAGAGAUGAAAUGUCGGGGACUUAGGCUGAAAUCCUGUUGCUGCUGCGUAAAUCUACGGGCGGGAUGUUUUUUCAUAGCGCUUUUCGAGAUUUUCGCAUCGAUCCUCGGGUUCUUUGUUGGCGAAGACGGCCGUUUUUUACUGAUGGGCCGGACUGCCUAUAUGGUGCACUUUAUUGGAUCGAUUUUUCUGAUGAUGAGCAGUAUCUUGCAGAUCGAAGUUCUGGUGGUCAUCUAUCUGGUGACAAAUAUAAUCCAUCUGAUCUUUUGCACCGCCUUUAUUAUCGACUACGCUUUAAGUUGUAGCUUCUGCAUUUUUGAAUCGAUUCCUGUAUUUUUUACCCUGGUUUUCAGCCUUUAUUUUUGGAUAGUGGCUUUUUCCUAUUGGCGACGCCUUCUCUGGGAACACAACCUCGAAAACGACGACUGAGGCGAAGGGGUAUCGUUAAUUCUGGAUCUUGAGUGUUUAUUCUGCGCCUUUUGUGUUGGUUUAGCGCUGGGUAUUUCCUUAUUAUUUUUGGUUUUGGCCUUAAUUUCACACUAAUUUGUAAAUUUGCCUUUAAUGCCGAAGACAAAGAGAAAAACUAAAAGAGCAAAGUUCCGCAAAUUGUUUGUACAGAGAAAUAUAUUUUGUAUUCACUACGAA